UGUCCCUGCUUGUACUAGUAAUGUAUGUACUCCUCCCUUGGGUCACCACUGGCAGCCACGGAAUAGAGCUCAACACGUGGCUCCGUUGUGGAGACGGAGGUGAUGAAGUUUAUGCCACCAACAACAAGGAAACGUGGGUUGCUGGCGAGCAGUUCUGCCAAAGUCAAGGCAGCCAUCUCGCCAGCUUCCCCCAGAUCACGGCAUGCAAGUCAAGUUUACUGUCGUUGCUUGGUCGUGUAGGAGUCCAUACCAGCUACACCAGAUUGCUGGAUGGACUUCACAACCGUGAUGUGGGAAACACGCUGCAAUUGUCGGACAGUCUCGUCGUCUUUAGCCGCUUACCCGGCAAUUGCAGCAUCACGUUUCUGGGAGAUUCAUUACCGCCUGAGGAAGCAUCGUGCUCGAACAUUCUCACGGUCGUCUGCGGACGAAAUCCCGCUAAUAUGGAACCAUCCACAGUGUGCGGAUCGUACAAAUUCACGUAUCACAGCAUCUCGUUCUCAGCUGACGAUGCAAACCGGACGUGUCGCCAACGGUAUGGUGGUUGGCUGUUGUCAACAAACAUGCAGCAGCUCAGCUGCGUCUCUCAGCUCCUGAAUUCGUCUCAGGGGCUGAAAGACAACAACGCCACCACCAUACCCCUCUACACCAGCGGCACGAACGGGUCAGCUGAGUGCGAGGUGUUUUCGCCAUCAAGGUCGGCAGUACUUCGAGACUCCUGCACCCCAGCCAGGCCGACCGUCUGCGUGUCUCGCUACUGCAACGUCAACGACAACUUGGUGGCCGUACGAAAUGAAGACCGGUGUGUGUGCAAACCCGGUUAUAUCCGUACAUUCGCACACAGAUGUGAAUCCAUUGUUGAGCUACUAAGUUCUACUGGACAAGCAGCAGGGAGUUCAAACAUCACUGUGUUUAGCUGGUUAGAAUCAGAGUGGAAAGUAGACAGUGUGUACACACAGAAUACACUUUACCAGCUGGAUAAUCUCUCCUUAUCUGAAGGGAGAUUUGCCAUCAGAUCUGCUGGCCGGAUCAUUUACACAUUCUCCACUUCUCUUCAGCAAGCUGACAGAGCUGCUGCAGAGCUGGCCAAGAAUCACUCACAAUUCCUCACCGUGAAAGGCAGCGCGAAUGAUGUUCUUGUGCCGACAACCCAUCUUCGAAACUUCCUGAUCAACUUAAGGCUCUGGUUUAGGCCGUACCAAAUCGAGUGUAACGUUAUUUAUACCACUAAUGCAAACCAGUCAAACAUUUGUAGUUACAGUGUGUUCAAUGAGUCAGUCCAGUUCAAGGAUGGCCUGUACGAGUUUGCCCUGUCUCCACACAACUCUACAGUACUAAGUAUACCUGUUCUAUACAGAGUUCACCCAAGACCCACUACCACUGUAACUAUGAUGACCAGCAUGCCUUUGUCAACCAAUAUUCCCGCCCCACCAGCAAAGGGCCGCAUGUUUGGUUUGUAUGCAGGUAUUGGCACUGGAGUGGCAAUACUGGCUGCACUCUUUCUCAUAGUCUGUGUGGUGCUGGUGAUACGUUAUCGGAAGGGUGGAGUCAAUGUCGGUGCUCAGAGAACUUCUGCUGGUGAGCUGUUUGAAAGCGACCACCAUGACGCAGCCAUGAACCUGUUUUACCUUCCAAUAAGGUGCUCUUCCAGGUCAUCCGUUACAGCACCGGAAAACACUGCUUCAUUUCAGGAGUCAAAAGCUACAGCCACCAGCGCUGAGGCAUCCUCGUCGAAUUCUUCUCCGAUUCCCGAUUACGACGAUGUAGUGAUCCCGGCACCCCGCACCACCAGUAAACUAUCUACUAGAGCAUCCUCGGCUACACCUGACACCGAAUAUGAGGAUAUGUGUCUUCUCCCCUGCAAGAUUCCAGAUACAGCCGUUGCGUGUGUAGCUGACAAUGAAACUAAGUGUCCACAAGAUAUCUGUCUAGCCAAUGAUGCUGGAGAGGAUUCGUUAACGCCCCCUAAAACCACCCGCGCGACCACACCCAACUCUACCAAUACUACCAUACCCGUCACCACUCCAAACACUGACCCAAGUGUUUGCUUAGCUACAACAAACACAACCACUCCUGUGUUCCAGUCGGAGGAAGAAGCUCCAAUGGCAUCGAUACCGACAGCUGUCCAAGGAAUUGUGUACGCGGGAAUCAUUUUCCCCAAAAAGGAUGGUGAGCCAACACGAGUAUUGACCAACCCUAAUGCCGAACAUGACGGACUAGCCUCGGAUCAAGAAUCCCGUGACAGUCCAAUACGUGGCACUGAAUCACCUCUCAAUGAUGAUAUACCAGUUUACAGCAAGGUUAACAAGACCUGUCAUCGGGACAGCGUAGAAGAGUGACUUUGAACUUGUCUUCUUUCCCGUCUAGGUUGUUUUUCAGCGCAUUUCGCAGGGACAAAACACGUGAAUGCACCUCUCUUCACAGUGCCACCAUGAACCCAUCCUCAAUGGCCACCUCAGCAUUAUGAACCACCGUCUGUUCCUCUUUAUCCACACUACUAUUAGUAUGGUGUUGUCAUGUAAGCAAUGCUCCUCUCAUCUCACUCUCGUGUUCAAAUGGCUCGACUAUUCCUAGUGGAGGUCAGUGCAGCCGUGUCUUCAUUUUCCGUGUUCAGUCUUUCCUGGACUACUGAUCUAACUUAGGAUUAGGCACUUAACAUCCAAGAAGCGAGAGACAAAGAAAAUGUAAGACAGACAGAGAAAAGAGAGAUUCAUAGCCUUAUGUUUGAGCUGCGAGACUGCUCGAAAUGAUGGUCACUCCUGUGUUGGCUGCAUUCGUGUUCCCAGCUCUGGGUUCUACUCGCCUUACCCCUCCCUGCUCUGGUUGGACUGUAUCUACUCGCCUUACCCCUCCCUGCUCUCUUUUGUUUCUAUCACCUCUCCAUUGUUUCGCCUGGUCCCUGUUGUAAUUUGCGAUCUUCUUGCUGUCUUAAAGUCAAGCAGUGCGGAUUAUGUUCUACUUGCUGCUCUCGGUACACCAUCUCUCUCCCCUUGUUGGUUGCAUAACCCAUGCUACAGCCUGAUUGGGGGAUUUCUCGGCUGUGUGUACCGUCGCACUCACCAUUGACAAUAUGCGGCCACUGAUUUCCUGGCAUUGCCUGCAUACAAUGUUUUCAAUUCACGCUUUUGUACUCUUCGCUUUGCUACUGUCUGCUGAACUGCAAAUACCUGUCUCUUUCUCCCUCUCUCUCUCUCUCCCUGUCUCUCUC